UUUGGCGAGAGUCUGCGCCCUGUCGGCUCGGCACCGGAUGAUUCCCAUCUCCCUGCCAUUACCAGGACGGGCUGUCAGUGAAUGUGGAGCCGGGAAGGUCAGGUUCGGGGCGCAGGGACGUGGAAACCCGAGGUGCUUUCGACUCCGGGAAGACGAGACCGGGCUCAGUACCUGGCGACUGCACAGCACAGCGAUAGCUCCCCCUCACCGUCCCACGCCGCUCCCCGCACCAGUUUCACUUGCAGAGAGAAGCGCACCAUGCAACAAUUCCUGGGCCAAAAUCUACCCCAAGUUCGUUCCGAACUAUUCGAGUUACUGAUGAAAAGGAAGAAGAGAGCUAUAUGGCUUUCAAGCAUUCUCCUACUUCUGUCACUCCUAAUCACCGCUGUCGGUAUAUUCACUGCAACAAGAACAGAGAAUAUAAGUGUCAUCGGCUAUGCAUCUGGAAUAAUUCUUGCCUUUGGGUCUUUCCUUGCACUGCUGGGACUCUUUCUGGAUGAAAAUCGGAAACAACUGUUGGUUGCAGCCAUUAUCUUCCUCAGUUUUGGAGUUAUUGGAGCAUUUUUCUGUGUGAUCGUGGAUGGAGUCUUCACCGCCAUAAACAUUGACCUAAGACCACUGCAUGCAGGGAGAUGCCAAUAUUAUACCAGUGGACACAACUUUAUUUAUGAGAAUUAUCUGACGAGUGUGCCAUGCCAGAGCCUCACAGAAUCUUGCGAUCUGAAAGUGCGGAGUAACACUUGCUACUGCUGUGACUUGUACAACUGCGCAAGUGGUGAUUAUCUGAACAAUUACUUUGAAUUCGCUGGAGUGAAGAAUUGCCAGGAGGUACACAUGGUCUACAUUAUGAUUUGGCUCGUGACGGCGCUAAAUGUCUCUGCCUUUCUUUUGGGAAUCAUCACCACUGCCAUCCUUGGCAGCUUCAAAAAUAUGGAGUCUCUCAUUGGACCUGAGGUUAGUUUCCAGCUCUUCCACAUUCAAAAUUCCAGAUGCAAGUCCAAGGAGCAGCUGGAGACCCAGCCCAUACUAUCUCCAUCUGCACCUCUCCUGCUGCACGAGCAAGCAGUGGACACAAUGCGCCAGGGACGCCCUACUCAAUACAUGCCAAUGGCUGCAUCGCUGCCUAGCUGCGAUUUUAACUGUGCAAAGAACACCAAUCCUCCUCCUUUCGCCCCAUUAUAUAAUUUGCUGCCAGAUAAACCAGUGGGGUAUCCAAUAUGAUCACUUCUUGCCUGUCUCUGUGUGAAGGCCAACUACCCUGUCACUACACAUCUGUCAUUACAGAUCUGCAGCUCCGAACAAUAAGACUUCAAGGGGUCAUUCAUGUUUUUGUACAAUUAUAUUCAAUGGAUGAUGGAGAGAAAAUGACUUACUUUAUGUCCCACAUGAUUUUUAUCUCCUUUUCCUUCAUUGUAAGAUAAUUUGAGUGUUGGACUUUCCAUCACAUAUUUACAAUAUUGUACAAAAUCAACAUCUAUCCCUUGAGAUUUUUGUUAAAGUGUGACAUGCAUUGAUAACACUCUGUUAACCAAUUGUAUAUAUUUAUAUCAUAUACAUUGUAUUUUUCCUUAUUAGCUACAUAGAAUUCACAUAAAGAAAAUAUCCAACAUUAUAACUAAAUUUGCCAUGUAGUAGAAUGAAAUAAAACUCCCUAUUAGUCCUGCUUGUAAUGAUAAUUAGCAGUUAAUUUGACUUUCCAUGCAUAAGGAACAGUGUACUGCAUAGGGCAAUGCACUUUCAGUUUCCAAGGACCAAUAUCAUUCCACGUGUCCUGACUUCAAUUGAUGGUAAAUUUCAGCAUUAUUCAUUCCAGUUGAUUUGGAAUGUCCUCCUGGUCAGCUUCUCAGCUUCCCCCCUUCCCCCAUCAGAGAUGGUCUCACCCAAAACUCUGAUACUCUUCAUCCUAAUUCAUACCAUCCAACCCCGUAGAAGUCAGCAUUGAUUGACUGUACACCAACAAAUUCAAUCCUUAUCCCCCCACAUCCAAAUCCCCAUAACCUCGAUCUGUCCCAGAACCCUGUAAAACUUUACACUCCUCCAACAGUGCUCUCUUGUGUACUUCCUGCGUUCUUUGUCCCACUUUGGUAGCUGCUCAUUCAGCUGUCUUAUUCCUGAGCCAUGAACUAUCUCCCUAAACUCUUAACCUCUCCUGCUUCAACUCGUGUCCUAAGUAGUAAGUAAAAUCCAGUGAUUCCACAGCCAAAAGUUCACAUCUGCAGUCCUGCCACACCCAGUUAUGAAUGGACAACGACCCAGCUAGCAGGAGGAGGAGGCCUCAAGGACAUUCCCAUCCUCAGUGGAGGCAGAGUCGAGUAUGUGAGUGAUAAAGGCAGCCAUCUUCAGCCAGAAGUGCGAAGUGGAUAAUGCAUUUUGGCUUCCUGAAGUCUCCAUUGCAGAAAUCAGCUUCCAGUCAAUUCAGUUCAUUGCAUGUGACAUAAAGAACACAUGCUGUAAAGACCAAGGACAAGGCAACCUCCAGACUACAGAAGUGAAAGUUUGUACACCAGAACCAGCCACUUCAAACCAAGCUUUACUCAUGCAGUGAAAGCACUGACACCUCCCUGACAACUCAGAAAAUUGCCCAGAGCAGGAAAAUUUAAACGUAGCACACCCUCAAGCAAUUACCAAUGUACUGAGAAGUGCCUUUGAUAGCACUAUCAAGUGGCACUCAAUCACUAAUUUGCAGAUGCUCAUUUUGAAUUUUGCCAGGGCAUUUGUCUCCAGACCGCCUCAUAGCUUUGGUCUGUACAUGACCCAAACAGGAGGCAGAGGGUGUUGGUCAAGGUGUGUGUGUGUGUGUGUGUGUAUAUAUAUAUAUAUAUAUAUAUAUAUAUAUAUAUAUAUAUACAUACACACACACACAAACAAUUUGGAUGUGAAUGUAGGAAGUAUAAAUAGUAAGUUUGCAGCUAAUGCAAGAAUGAUUGGUGUUUUUGAGAGUGUGGAAGGUGGUCUUCAGUUGCAGAGCAAUAUUUACGAGUUGGUGAGAUGGGUAGAGGAAUCAGAGAAACAAAGGACCGC